AUGGGGAAAAUUUUCAAGAUUUACCUUUGUGGGGAUCGCAUCUACAGCUGCAGCGGUUGCAGGACACAUCUAGCAAAGCACGAUCAGAUUGUUUCUAAGGCUUUCCAGGGAAGGCAUGGUAGAGCAUUCCUCUUCAGCAACGUGGUGAACAUCACGCUUGGCCCGAAAGAAGAUAGGAUACUCAUAACUGGACUGCACACCGUUGCAGACGUAUACUGCAACUGUUGCCAGGCUGUUCUUGGCUGGAAAUAUGUUGAGGCCUUUGAGGAGAGCCAGAAGUACAAGGAAGGAAAGUGCAUUAUCGAGAAAGCGAAGAUGGCGAUGGAACCUAACAUGUUGCCUGAAAACAUUCACCGCAGCAACGACCCAUGCUAUGGCUUGUGA